AUGCCCGCCCUUCGCGAGUCCCCAGAUGCGCCGGCCUCACAAUCACAAUCGCAAUCCCUCGACCUCGACCUCGACACCCUCGUCCCGCGCGCACCCGCGCUCCCCCUCCCCCUCGACCUCCCCCUCCCCCAACCCGCCUCCCACGCCUCCACCGCCCAAAAGCGCGCAACCACAAUCUACCCCGGCAUCAUCCCCUCGUACUACACCGCCAACGGCCCAUCCCCGGGCCUCGUCGUCGGCAUCGUGCUCGGCUCCGUCGCGGGAUUCCUGCUCGUCGUGUGGCUCCUGUUCUCGCUGUUCGCGCUGUCCGGGAGCAGCGGGGGCAUGAUGCGGCGCGCGAACAUCGCGGGCGAGGAGGAGAUCGUUGUGCGGAGGCGGCGGGGGUCCGGGUCUGCGGCGAGGACGUCGAGGAGGAGUACGAGGACGGAGGUUAGGGAGUAUAGUCGGAGUCCGAGGCGGAGGAGCCAGACGAUUGUGGAGGAGAGGAGAGGGGGUGGGGGAAGGCAGAGGAGCAUUGUGGUGGAGGAUAGGAGGGUGCCCGGGGACGAUGUGGUGGAGGUUAUUGAGGAGCAUGAUCAGUAUCGUGAGAGGAGGGGGAGUCGGAGGGGGCCGGGGGGGUAUCGGUGAUACUAAACAUCCUCCCUUCGAAAUCUCCACGCGCAAUUGUACAUCCUUCCCCUUUCUUCUUCUUGUCAGUUCUCGACUUUCUGAUUUUUCUCCCUGUGUAUCUGUUCAUUUUCUUUCUCGCUGUGGAUUUUGCUUCUUGUGUUUUAAUUGAAAGGCGAAAUGUGUCUGUAUGUAUGGCUGGCGCCUACGGCGGUUUUAUAUGAGACCACGCGCUGGGAUGGGAUGGGAUGGGAUGGGAUGGAGUUGUCUAAGGCAUGGUGUUUGUACGGGGCACGGAGGAUUCAUGUGUAUAGUUUGCAUGUCACAGUAGCAUCAAUUGAGAGGAACGAUGAAUUGC